AUGCUGACGUCAGAGGUCAAUAUCCAGACACCAACGGUGCUUGGCAUCUCGCUAGUAAGCUUUCCAGCGACACGCAGAACAGCCAGUGGUGGCGCACCUGUCUAUGCGACCAGGAGAGCGGGGACUAUUCAUGGACAGGAGCUCUUUAAUACACUUGGAAUGGAGGAUUCAAUUGUUACAGUGACUGCUAUGCUAGGACUUGUGGCGGAGCCACUUAAUGAUGCGAGUUUGAAACGAAGGGUAACCCGAAUAGUCGACGACUACCCAGGUAUCACAAGUGGCAUAAUUAGCGACCGAGCUGUGGCCUGA